UGAAGACAGUGUCUACUAGGCUUUGCCAGUGUGUGCUUGUGGAACGUACCAAUCAGUAACGAAAAUGGUGGUUCCAUUGUUAAUACUGUUCAUACUUGUAACGUCAGUUCUCAGUCAAAGCUGUAAUAUUAGGGAAACAGACGAUGGAAGUGUCUGCGUCUGCAACGCAAAAUACUGUGACACCGUUCCAGAUUUGGAUGUGUCUACUGGAAAAUAUCAGGUGUAUUCUACUAGCAAGGCCAAAUUAGGAUUCUACAGUACCACCGGAUCUUUUGUCGAAAAUACUGAUGGAGAAGAAAGCUCCAUCACUGUUGAUCAAGAUACAAAAUAUCAAAGUAUCAUCGGAUUUGGUGGGGCUUUCACGGACUCUGCAGGUAUCAACAUAAAAUUACUACCAGCAGAGGCUCAAAAUAAUUUAAUCGAAAGCUAUUUUGGUAGCAGCGGUAUCGAGUAUAGUUUGUGCAGGGUUCCCAUUGGUGGAACUGACUUUUCAACAAGAGGAUAUUCUUAUGAUGAUGUUGAGGGGGACGUUACUUUGGAGCAUUUUGCGCUUCAGCAGGAUGAUUUAGAUUAUAAGAUACCUUUUAUUCUACAAGCAAAGGCCUUGAGAAACAACAAUAUUAAACUAUUUGCCUCUGCCUGGACAGCGCCAACUUGGAUGAAAACGAACAACGAUUGGUCUGGCAUAGGUAGUCUCAAGGAUGAAUACUAUCAACUUUGGGCCGAUUACAUUUUGAGGUUUUUCGAAGAGUACGAUAAGCAGAACAUCUCUUUCUGGGGUAUGACGACGCAGAAUGAGCCUAUUGAUGGAUACCUUCCAAAAUUCUUUUCGAAAAUUAAUUCCAUGGGUUGGUUGCCCUCGCAAAUGAAUGAAUGGAUAGGUGAGAAUUUGGGACCAACUAUAAGAAAUUCAGCAUUCAGCGAUUUAAAAAUUAUGCUACAUGACGAUAACAGGAUCACGUUACCUGUUCUAUUAUUGUUGCUAGACAAUGAAAAAACAAUGAGUUAUGCUGACGGAGCUGCAGUUCAUUGGUAUGCAAAUUUAUUGGUACCAGCUUCUAGUUUGCAGAUUUUGAACAUUGAUAAAGAUGAUUGGUUCUUUAUAUCAUCAGAAGCAUGCAAUGGAUAUCUAGCAGGGUUGGGCUUGGACAAAUCUGUAAAGAAAGGUAGCUGGUCCAGAGGGGAAAAGUAUAUUAAAGAUAUUUUGGACGAUCUGGAGCAAGGAGCAGCUGGCUGGGUGGACUGGAACAUGGUCCUGGAUGAAGAAGGUGGCCCUACCUAUAUCGGCAACUAUGUCGAUUCUCCAAUUCUGGUCAACGCAACCUUGCAGGAGUAUUACAAACAGCCGAUGUUCUACGUUAUGGGACAUUUCUCAAAGUUUGUGGUUCCCGAUUCCGUUAGGCUGGAAACCUCUGUUGAGCACUUGGAUAAUGUGAGAGCAAUGGCUUUCUUGAGACCAGACAAUUUAAUUGCGUUAGUUGUUUAUAAUAGUGGUAGCAAGAAAGUUAGUGUCCACAUACAGAAUAACCAGGGACAGACCGCUGCCAUACAAAUAGAAGCACACUCUAUCAACACUGUAUUGUAUAGUUAGAUGUUAGUAAUUGAAAUGUAACAUAGUGUAAUACGGUGAAAAAUAAUAAUGCAAAGAAAGUAAAUAUUUAAUAAAGUAAA